CCCACCGGACCAGUGAAGCGGCUGCGCCCCUUGCUUUGGACCUCGGGCCUCACUUCUCCUCCAGAUGGACCCCAAGUGCUCCUGCCCCACUGGCGGCUCCUGCAGCUGCGCUGGCUCCUGCACCUGCAAAGCCUGCAGAUGCACCUCCUGCAAGAAGAGCUGCUGCUCCUGCUGCCCCGUGGGCUGCGCCAAGUGUGCCCAGGGCUGCGUCUGCAAAGGGGCCUCGGACAAGUGCAGCUGCUGUGCCUGAUGUCGCGGAGAGCCUGACCCGGGUGUCAACAG